AUGCCUCCGAUUAUGUUCAUAUCGACUUCAGAAGAUCUCGCUUCCAUGCUAGCAGCCCUCAUGGACUUGUCCACAUCACCACCAAGCCUGUACAUUGAUCUCGAAGGCGCAAAUCUCAGUCGAAAUGGUACGGUCGCUCUACUAACCUUGUAUGUACCGCCCAAGGAUACAGUGUACCUUAUCGACGUCCACACUUUGGGUACGCGUGCAUUCUCAACCCCUGCCACCACGACCGCAGCAGCCCCUGAAGACCUCACAAAGGACGCCGGAGACCCUGCUACGACGCUGAAGUCCUUGCUUGAAUCUUCCACUGUACCCAAAGUCUUCUUCGAUGUACGCAAUGACUCUGAUGCACUCUUCUCCCACUACGGCAUCAACCUCUCCUGCAUUCACGAUCUUCAACUCAUGGAACUUGCAACCACUACGCGUGGCUCCCGCGAGUACCUCGUCGGUCUAUCUAAAUGCAUCGAAUACAAUGCUUCACGCCUCUCCAUAACAGCCGCUCAAUUGCAAGUUUGGAAAACCACAAAAGAAGCAGGCACCAACCUGUUUGCCCCAGAACGUGGAGGCAGCUACAGAGUCUUCGAGAAGAGGCCGCUGAACGAUACAAUCAAGAACUACUGUGUGCAGGAUGUGGUGUACAUGCCCAGGUUGUGGAAGUUGUACAGCGAGAGGAUAGCGGAAGGGGGACUUUGGCAUACCAUGGCUAUGGAGGGAGCAGCAAAAAGGGUGAAGGAAAGUCAGCAGCCGGAUUAUCGACCGGAUGGGGCGCAUAAGAAGUUUGGAUGCUGGAGUCCUGCGCAGAUUAUACAGGCGAGGCUACGUUGGGGUAGGGGACAGAGAAAGGAUUUGUGUGGGUAG